UAGCAGGUCGCACCUAUGAUAGCAUUAUUUUAAUUUAGCCAGACCCAUAUGUACAUAUGUACUUCGGUUGAAGAUAUUUUAGUUUUUGUUUAGAAACUUAGCAAUUUCGAUUCGAAUUUAGUUAUGCGGUGCUUCGGAAAAAAAUGGAGACUGAAAAAAAUGGUCGUGUCAAAGAGUGGCGAUACAGUCCGUCCAUGUAUUAAGGAAGUAAUAUUUGUCACAUCCAGGUUACCAUCAACUUUACCUAGAACAAAAGCUGCAAGAAUAUCAGAGCUGCCUUCCUUAAGAUACGGACCAAUUGGCGCCAGGACUAUCAUGACAGGACCUUUGAAGAUUCCUAAACAGUUUGGUCACAAAUAUCACGAUAUUAGAAGUGGGUCUUUGGAGAGAGGUAGAGGAGGAAGACAGGAUCGUAGGCAAGCAACGAGGAAAGUCCGUUUUACCCUCCCGCCAGCAGAUGACACCACAUAUACCAUUUCUAGCGAAACUCCAACGGUCGAAAACUUCGAUAGUUUCCCUCUACAUCGACGAGUUUCAGCGCGAGGAGCUGCCGUAAACAUCGAAAAUGAUUCCAAUUUCAACAGCGACGGCAGUCGACGACCGGCCUCGAUACGCGAAAUUGGUGUAAAAAGUUCGGCGUCGUCGUCGAUACGCGGACGUAAAGUACACGACGACGCGGCGUCUUUGCCGGGCGGCGGAAAAGAGUUGACGUUGACGCGACGUUUCGAGGAGUUUCGGAAGGAACGUCUUCAGGACACGCGGCGGAAGUUCGGGGAACGCGUCGAGGUACCUGUCAGCGUUAGUCCUGGUGUCAGAUAUAGAGUCCAUCCGACAGCCCGUUACGUCAGAGGCACGCUGUCCCCGACAUCCAACCAGGCCCCCCACGAGUCACCACUGUCUCCUGGGGGGCAGGCCCUUCUAAAAGCUGCGCGCGAUGGUGACGAUCACGCUCUUAGGGAUCAACUGCGCAGGGCACUCGCCCUUGGUAUAUGCGACGCCGAUUUAAAUGCCGUCGACUCCAGUGGCAGGACAGUCCUAAGCUACGUGGCAUCAAAUGGGACCAUCGACCUGUUGGAGUUGAUGUUACAACUUCCGGGAUUGGAUCCCAAUAAAUGCGAUAAUGAAGGAAACACGCCCCUACAUUUUGCCGCUCAAGCAGGACAAGUGGAAUGUUUAAACUGCUUGGCGAGUAGAUGCCGGGGAGUGGAUAUCGACGCCAGAAAUAAUUUAGGAUUCACACCUCUUAUGAAGGCGGCCUUACAAGGAAGAAAUAAAUGUGCCAAAUUGCUUUUGUUUGCAGGGGCUAAUCCGACCCUGCGCGACAACGGACGCGGCUUCCGAGCGGACCAAUGGGCGCGUUUCUGCGGCCGCUACGUCUGCGCAGAUGUCAUAGAAAAGCACGCCCGCCAGAGGCUCUUGGAACGCUCCACGUCUUACGGUAGCUGGGGCCUAGAGCACGAGAUGGGCAACAGAGUCGUAGUAGCAGGAAAAGUUGUUCCUAUACCACCCGUUAACACUCCGCCGUGUAAUGGUUUCAAAUCCAAACUGAAAAAAGUGUUUCGCACGUCUUCCGGACCAUCCUCAGACACCUUCUCCAGUGCCCGGUUGGUCACUCAGCUGACUUCGGCUGCCCUGUGCGCGAGCAGUCCGGUUCUUCCCAGCAGCGGGGCGGUUUCGCCCAUGGUUAAAUCGCUCCUGAGGCCUUUGACGGUACCACGGCUUCAGAUUACAUUGGUAAACAACAACGGCGAUUAUCCAAAUCACAAUUUGGAGCCGUCAGAGGAGAAUUUUACUCAGGAUGAUAAAGUUGGGGAUAAGGUACUUGCCAGCAAUGGAGCAGUUGCCAAUGGGAAAAACGAACCGGUGAAGCCUAGUAGGAGUAGAAAAAAGAAAUAGCACGAAUGUUACUUGUGUAAACAAUACUGAAGUGCCGACAGAAGAGUUUACUUAAUUAGUUUAUCAGGAUUUCCUUGAAAAGAAAAUCAAUCUUUUAACUGUAGAUGACUUUUUUUUGUGGGGAAGUAAUUUAUUAUUCGGACUUAGGGAUCAAUAAAUGAGAGUUUAUAUUUAAAUUGGUCAAGGAUCAAAUAUGUUGGGCUUCUCAGGGCACUUACAUACUCUGUGAGUAAGUCUUUAAUAAUAUUUCUUACGUGCAGUUUAUUUUUAAAUAAAAUUAUAUUUAGAAGCAGGAUAUCAGCAUACGGUUAAAUUUAGAAGUAACUAUAAGUUUAUUAAAUAUUCAUCAAUAAAAAAUUAUAGUUUUGGUUUAAAAAAAAUGAAGGUCUGAUAUCAUUUAUAAGCAUAAAACACCUAUAUAAUAUUUAUAGACUCUAUAAAUAACGUUUGUUUUCAAUGGAAUUUAAUUUAAACAUAGUAGAAGUGGUAGGGAGCUAAUACAAAUGAUUCUGUCUAAAACCCUUGGACACAGAAAAAAUAAAACAAAGCAUAAAAAGACUUGAGGAAACAGACUUAAUCCAAAAAUUACUACUAAAACCCUGGGAGUAGUUAUUUUUGAGAUUGAAUCGUAAAUAAAAAAUGCCUCUUUGAUCGUAAAUAAAAAAUGCCAGAAGUCAAAUUUCUUGCCUAGCAUAAAAUGACUCCAAAGGCUAUAAAACGUAAAAUAAAAUGUCCAUUCAGUGAAAUAUAUAAAAAAUUAUUUUAAAUAUCUGUAUUAUUUGGAGCAAAAUUGAAAUUCAUGUGAUUUAAUCAUCUCUGCACUCCUCUACUAGUAGACCAGGCUUUUUACCUUGCAAAAGGUUGGGUAGAAGUUAUUUUGGAAUAUGUUAGUUGCGGGUAGACUGUGACCAAAAAUACAAAAUUUCGACCUUGGAAAAAGACCGCGCAAGUCGCCAUCUUGGAUUACACAUACAAAAAAAAAGGUUUUUUGGCAUUAUAUCCGUAAUGGUUAUUUUUACGACAAAGUAUGACAUAAACAAAAUUAAAGAAACAAAAUUUCCCACAUUUUAUGUAUUUACACUUUUUUUAUACCUUUAAUAUACAAAGACUUACACGAACACAAACAUAAAGUUCUUUAAAAAAAUACUUCAAACAAGCAUUUUUUAGUUUUAAAAAAUAUGUUUUUAGCUAUUUCAGUAAUUUUGUUAUUCUUGUUAAAAGAGGUGAUAUUUUUUCGCUAUCGUCGAGUCGCUCACGAAAUUGAAACAAUACUCAGUUUGCAAUGCAAACUGAAAGCUUAUUUCCACGUCACCAUGAGGUAAAGCUAAUCGGCGCGUUUUUUUUACCGUGUAUGUAGUACGCUGUCACUAAUACCACGACCACGAGUAAGGCCCCCAUUGCUAUGCAUCAUCCUCAUCAAAGUUUGUUCAAUGGUCAUGUCAGACCAAAACUUAUCCGAUCGUCUAAUCGUAAAAUAGCCUUCAGUCGUAAAUUUUUGGUAUUCACUAGGAUCCAUUUUUUCUUCUAAAUUUAACAUGUCUUGCAAAUAUAAAUGAGCAAAUUUAGCAUAAUGAAAAUGCCCACACUUGCGUGAAAGUAGGGCAACAUUCUUUGAAUAGUGUCGAGAUGUAGUUGCCAGUUUCCCAUUCGCUCAGCUUCAAUAAAGUGCUUCACUAAAGUUACCAUCUCAAAAUACUCCAUAAUUUAGCUCUGGGGCCAUAACUUUAAAUGCCUCAUCUUCGUCCGACCUCAGAAUAACUGAUUUAUCUAAACGGCCAAUCAGUUGUCUCAUAAUCGCAUUGUCAUCAUCAGUAAAUUCGAGGGUGUCAAAAAUUGUAUGUGCCAAAGCAAGAUGACAUAAAAUAUGUGCACGAAUUGCACGUGCAUAUGCGUGACGAACUAACAUUUUCUCUACACUAUUAUCAGCAUAAAUCUGACAAAAAAGAUCUUUCAAUCCACUUCCAGCCAUAAUAUAGCCAACAGAUCCCAGGAAGGACAUCAAAAAAUGAAAACCUCCAAGUCUUACGAUGACAUUUAUUUGUGAGUUUGGGAUGGUUCACAACAAUUUCUUGAGCUUUUGCGUACAGUGGCUGGUCAAAGGUGACAAGGCAGGUUUUUUGAUUGGUCUUCUUACAUUCUUUGACUGCCAAUAAAAGGGCUGUAGGUAUUCUGUCAUGCUGACUAGGCGGAAAAUUGAUAAAUGGAAGGCAAAAAAGAUUUAUCCGCCGUUACCUGCUCCAUGAAGCCGUUCCAAUCUGGAAGUUCCAGGCGCACAUGAAUUCCUCGUUUCUCGCUUGAUUUGAGAAGAGUCCGAACGCCUCUCUCUUUCACGACAACCGAGUCACUUUUAUUUAAUGUUUGGUCACGAAUAAAACACAAAUUCGUUUCGAUAUUCUCCAUUGCAAAACGUCGCUUAUUAACUGGUAUCUUCACCACUCAACAGUGAAAUGAUGAAAUAAAACCCAAUUGACUGAAGGUUAUGUUGCGGCAGUGUUGCCAAUACUGAUUAGAAAUAGGUAUUCUGUUUGUUGCUUCGUAAAUAAUUAUUUUAUUUUAUUUUUCGUAUUUUAUCAGGUUUUCUUUACCAUUGCUUUAAUUCUGUUUAUGGUUGUCAUAUUAUAUCUAGUAUGGUUGUCAUAUUAUAUCGAGAUUUUUUAAAAAUUGUUUAGGGGCAUAGGGCCUCGUACCAAAAACAGUAUUGUAAAAAUUGUGUUACCUUGUGUUGACAUAGUUUUAAAUAUAUGUAGCAGUGCAAGGCGCAAAUGACAUAAUAUAUUUGCUCAUUUGCCCUUAUGGUUGUUACAGUUUAUUUUCGUCAGAUACAUAAAGAAUAAGAAAACAAAAUGAAUCUAAAAUGUUAGCGAAAGCAUAGCUCGAUUAUAGAACUUUAAGAGGCAAUUUCUAAGCUAUUCUGGUGCUAAAAUUAAUAAAAUAAACAGUUAUCAUUUCAGUGUUAAUUCUAUUUUUGAUAUCAAUAAUUUUCAACCCUUAUGAUGAAACUCAAAUUAUUAAUCAUAACAUUAAUUUUUUUAAUUGUUUUGAUUUCACUAAUGUCAGAAGUCAUAUCCUAGCCAAUAAGAUCCCAGCUCAUUCUCCUAUAUCCCUACUAAAACCAUUUCUGGCGCGAAAAUCUUUGACCUCUAGGAGUUUUGAAGAAUAAGCCUUUGAAGAAGGUUGUUUCUUGGUAUUUUUGCCGAUUUUACUCCAAUGAAAAGUUGAAAACUCACCUUUUGGGUAUUUUAGUUUGUGGAUACUAAAUGCCAUACUGCAAUAGUGCAGGAUUAUAAGUGGUGUAGUUAAAUCCCAACUUUUUCAAGGUUCUUUGUUUAAGUGUCCAGUUUUGUGUUCCCGAGAAAAGGCCAAUUCCAUUGGUAAGUCCUAAUAUUUUGAUUUGGCAUCUUGGUUUAUGAUAAUCUACAUAUUACACAUGUAUUUUUAUAUAAGUAGACUCACGCAUACCGUUAAGUUUAACCAUCAAUGCUUAUAUCUACUUACUCUAUUGGCGAUUCCUCAAUCUGGGUAUUCUUCCACUUUCAGGCUUUUUUUUUAUCCCCCGGUAUGGUCUUUAUCCACCAUUGUAAGUAGAAAUCUCCACUCAUCUACUCCAAUAACGUCCACAACAUCUACAUUGACAUUUACUGUUAAACCGAUCCACCCAGGUCCCCCAUCGCAAUCAUGCAGCCCUUUUGGAGCCAGGUUUGAUCAAUGUUUGUGACGUUUAGUGAACCAUGCAGUCAGUAAAACAACCUAACCAGUAAACCAAAGUCCUAUCAACAUUCAUUAGCUUUACUGUAGUAUAUUAGACUAAAUACUAACCUCAAAAUUACAUUGUUACCACUCUCAUCAUUAGAUUUUACUACCACACCAUUGUUUUGAAUAGUUUCAUAAUAACUAGGUGCAUAUUAGUUAUUUUAUUGAAAUAGACCGUAUAGAUCUUGUAAACUGGAUAAAUAGGCCUAUUUCGAAAGUACUCACGCGAACUUUUAGCCCCAAACAACAUAAUAUAAGAUUUUAGUCUUGAUAUAAACACUAUAUUUAGGAAGGGCAACAUAACUUGUUUUUAAAAUAAUAAGUUUGAUUAUUAAUUUUUCUUUUAAUAUAGAUUCACUUAAAACUGUCUGUUCUUCCUUGUGAGAUUUUCUUUCAGGUUUAUAGGUAUAGUGCUUUUAGUAAUUUCCUGUUUUCUUGGUCAUCGGGAUUUUCUUAUCCAUCUGGGAUAAAACAGGUGGCGCUUAUAUUUUAUUGAUCUCUUGUUGAAUCCACACGCCACUCUACCAAAGUGGUUAGUGCUAGUCGGCUUCCCUUUGAGAAGAUCCCCUGAGCUGUCUCUAUAGCCUAUAGUAAGUCUCCCUCCUUCCAUUGGUUCCCUUGUACCCACUUUCUAACCCUCACUCCACAUAUUUUUAGUCUUUACUCUCCUUUUUCCUUCCUGUUAUUAUCCAUUCCUCCAUUCAAAUUUCAUUUAAUCCAAGUAUAAUUAAAGCAAUAUUAAAGUAAUAAAUUUUUAUUGAUUAAUUAUAAUUAUUAAUUCUUUAUUUUUUUAUUUAACAUAGUAUAUAAUUAAUUUAACUUUGUACUUUGCAAAAUUAAAAAACCCCGUUUAUAAAUACGAAAAAUCUCGAGUUCUGAGUAUUUUUUUAAGAAUACCAUCUUUGUGUCCGUCUAACUCUUUAUAUAUUAAACUUACAAAAAAAACUGUUAAUACAUAAAAUAUAUUAAAUUUUAUUGUCGUUAACUUUGCUAAGAACAUGUUUUGUUGUAAGGUGAACAAUUACGGAGAUAAUGUUAAAAACUGUUUCUUUGUACCUAUAAUCCAAGAUGCCGGCGCGCGCGGUCCCCCUCCCAAGCUUGAAAAUUUGGAUUUUUGAAGAGGGUCUACUCAUAAAUAAUUCCUACCCCACCUUUUGCACGCCAAAGAUCUUUUUUUGUACCCACUUACUGGUCUAUAGCUUUAAACUGAGUCUAUCAAAUCUUUUAGUAUCAUAAAACUAUUGUGCCAAUAUAUUAAGUGCCUCUAUUUAAAAAAAAACUGUUUAAACCGAUCUUCUCGUACUACAUAACUGUUUUUUUAGAAUUCAUUUGCAUUUGGUACUAAAAACUUUUCAUCAUAAUUUAACUUAGGAAGUACUCAUAUCGAUGUAGGAUCACUAAAGUAUAGCUUUAUACUGCUAAAAGAUUAAUUUUUUUUCUAGAGCAUCCUGUGUAUGCGUAAAAAAUAUUGACACCAAUACAAGCUUAAAAUAAAGUGUGAUAAACGAGGUUUAGGCAAGAAAAUCUGUUGGACAUUUCUCAUCAGAGACUGUUCGAUGAAACUCUAGAUGUAUUUCAAAUAAGCCUUUGUUUGCUUAUAAAGAUUUUUUUUAAAUUUAGUACAUGCCCUAAUGAUCCAAAGAUAUGCCAGGAAUAUUUACUUAAGAUGUUCAAAACAUCUCAGGAAUGUCCGAUUAACUUACCAAUCAUCCCAGCAAUUACCGAGCAAUAUACUGAACAUUCAAACUCUAUUAUAUCCCAGAAAUGUCUAUGAUCAUUAGGGUAAUAAAUAGGUGAUUCAUAACAUAUGCUACAAAUAUUAUAAGUGUUAUUAUUUUAUACGCCCUGUAUUAUUUUAUAUUUUAAGCUGCAGUAGCCUAAAUAAUUUUUUCCUGAAAUAUAGUUAAUGACUUUUCGAACAUUUUUGUACUUAAUCUGUGCUGUUUUUUGAUAAAACAAUUUAUAGUGUGAUUUUAGAUUUAGUUUUUCAUAUCUUUUGUAUAUAGUUAUUUAUAAUAAUUUUUUAAGAUUACUGUCGCUUUAUAUAAAGAGACUGGCUUAGUAAGAAAAGAUGACUAAUUCUCUUAUAUGUAUAUUAUAAAAUUUGCUUAAAUGUAUUUACAUAAUUAAUACUAACAGGCAUUUUUGCCCCAAUUUAUAUAAACGUAACAACAUAAUUUUGUCGGACCAAGAAAAAUACACAAUUUUUGAACGCUCUAACAUAUAUUCAUUUAUUAUAGAUCGAA